CCAUCUAAUGCAAACUUGCCCUCAGUUCCAACAGUUGGUUCAGUUCUACAAGACCCAGUUUCAAAUAUGAGUAUUACAGAGAGACUGGAACAUGCUUUGGAAAAGGCAGCUCCUCUUCUGCGAGAGAUUUUUGUGGAUUUUGCACCUUUUCUUUCUCGGACACUUUUGGGCAGCCAUGGACAAGAACUGCUUAUUGAAGGAACAAGUCUUGUUUGCAUGAAGUCUAGUAGUUCAGUUGUGGAAUUGGUUAUGCUACUGUGUUCUCAGGAGUGGCAGAAUUCUAUUCAGAAGAAUGCAGGCCUUGCUUUUAUUGAACUUGUCAAUGAAGGAAGGUUGCUUAGCCAAACAAUGAAAGAUCAUCUAGUGAGAGUAGCAAAUGAAGCUGAAUUCAUUCUGAGCAGACAGAGAGCUGAGGAUAUUCACAGACAUGCGGAAUUUGAGUCUCUCUGUGCCCAGUAUUCUGCAGACAAGCGAGAAGAGGAAAAGAUGUGUGAUCAUUUGAUAAGAGCAGCUAAAUAUCGAGAUUAUGUGACGGCAACUCAACUAAUUCAGAAAAUUAUCAACAUUCUCACAGACAAGCAUGGAGCCUGGGGAAAUUCCACAGUGAGUCGUCCUUGUGAGUUCUGGCGCCUUGACUACUGGGAAGAUGACUUGCGGCGCCGGCGUCGAUUUGUGCGUAACCCUCUAGGAUCGACACAUCCUGAAGCGACACUAAAAACAGCCGUGGAACAUGGUCAGUGUAUAAACCACUCCUUGCCAAUAGCAGCAGCUGCAGAUGAAGAUAUCCUUGCUAAAGGAAAACAGUCCAUCAAGAGCCAGCCUUUAGGAAAUCAGAACUCAGAAAACGAGAUCCUCUUGGAAGGCGAUGAUGACACUCUAUCAUCCGUGGAUGAGAAAGAUUUAGAGAAUCUUGCCGGUCCUGUUAGCCUGAGCACGCCAGCUCAGCUUGUGGCCCCCUCUGUUGUAGUAAAGGGCACUCUUUCGGUCACUUCCUCUGAACUCUAUUUUGAGGUGGAUGAAGAAGAUCCUAACUUCAAGAAAAUCGACCCCAAGAUCCUGGCAUAUACAGAAGGGCUGCAUGGAAAAUGGCUUUUCACAGAGAUACGAUCAAUCUUUUCUCGUCGUUAUCUUUUGCAAAAUACAGCCCUGGAGAUCUUUAUGGCAAACAGAGUUGCUGUAAUGUUCAACUUCCCAGACCCUGCAACAGUAAAGAAAGUCGUCAAUUAUCUACCUCGUGUUGGUAUUGGAACCAGUUUUGGAUUGCCUCAAACCAGGCGUAUUUCAUUAGCUAGUCCACGACAACUUUUUAAAGCUUCAAACAUGACCCAGCGAUGGCAACAUAGAGAGAUCUCAAAUUUUGAGUACUUGAUGUUUCUUAACACAAUAGCAGGACGGGGUUAUAAUGACUUAAAUCAAUAUCCUGUGUUUCCUUGGGUCAUCACUAAUUAUGAGUCAGAAGAACUGGAUCUUACCUUGCCAAGCAACUUCAGAGAUUUGUCCAAGCCAGUAGGAGCUUUGAAUCCAAAAAGAGCAGCAUUCUUUACAGAACGUUUUGAAUCAUGGGAAGAUGAACAAGUUCCAAAAUUCCACUAUGGUACUCAUUACUCAACUGCAAGCUUUGUUCUUGCAUGGCUGCUAAGAAUAGAACCCUUUACAACUUACUUCCUAAAUUUGCAAGGAGGGAAAUUUGAUCAUGCAGAUAGAACUUUUUCAUCAGUUUCCAGAGCUUGGCGAAACAGUCAGCGUGACACAUCUGAUAUUAAGGAGCUGAUUCCUGAAUUUUAUUAUCUUCCUGAGAUGUUUGUCAACUUCAAUAAUUAUAACCUUGGAGUGAUGGAUGAUGGGACAGUAGUUUCUGAUGUUGAACUUCCUCCUUGGGCCAAAACCUCAGAAGAAUUUGUUCGCAUAAACAGAUUGGCCUUGGAGAGUGAAUUUGUUUCCUGCCAGCUUCACCAGUGGAUUGAUCUCAUUUUUGGCUAUAAACAGCAAGGGCCAGAGGCGGUGCGCGCUCUCAACGUGUUCUAUUACCUGACUUACGAAGGCGCAGUCAGCCUGAACUCAAUAACUGAUCCUGUGUUGAGAGAGGCUGUUGAAGCUCAAAUCCGAAGUUUUGGACAGACGCCUUCUCAGCUGCUCAUAGAGCCCCAUCCUCCCAGAGGUUCUGCCAUGCAGGCGAGCCCCUUGAUGUUCACAGACCAAGCCCAGCAGGAUGUUAUCAUGGUCCUAAAGUUUCCCUCCAACUCCCCCGUCACCCACGUGGCAGCCAACACCCAGCCUGGCUUGGCAACUCCCGCUGUGAUCACAGUUACUGCUAACAGGCUCUUUGCCGUGAACAAGUGGCACAACCUUCCUGCUCAUCAAGGUGCUGUACAAGACCAGCCAUACCAGCUGCCAGUGGAAAUCGAUCCUCUCAUAGCCAGCAAUACAGGAAUGCACAGGAGGCAAAUCACUGACCUUUUAGACCAGAGCAUUCGAGUGCAUUCCCAGUGCUUUGUCAUCACUUCCGACAAUCGCUACAUCCUUGUCUGUGGCUUCUGGGACAAGAGUUUCCGCGUCUACUCCACGGACACAGGAAAAUUGAUCCAAGUGGUAUUUGGUCACUGGGAUGUCGUCACUUGCCUCACUCGUUCUGAGUCCUACAUUGGGGGAAACUGCUACGUUCUCUCAGGGUCACGUGAUGCAACCCUUCUGCUGUGGUACUGGAAUGGAAAAAGCAGUGGGAUUGGAGAUAACCCAGGCAGUGAGACCACCACUCCUCGGGCCAUCCUAACGGGUCACGACUACGAGAUCACGUGUGCUGCCAUCUGUGCCGAGCUGGGCCUGGUGUUAAGUGGUUCCCAAGAAGGACCGUGCCUCAUACAUUCCAUGAACGGGGACUUGCUGAGGACCUUGGAGGGUCCUGAAAACUGCCUGAAACCGAAACUCAUCCAGGCUUCCAGAGAGGGCCACUGCGUCAUCUUCUAUGAGAACGGCCACUUCUGCACAUUCAGCGUGAACGGCAAACUCCAGGCCAGUGUGGACACGGAUGACAACAUAAGGGCCCUGCAGCUGAGUCGGGACGGGCAGUACCUGCUCACAGGAGGAGACAGCGGCGUGGUGCGGGUCUGGCAGGUGUCCGACCUCAAGCAGCUCUUUGCCUACCCUGGCUGCGACGCAGGCAUCCGGGCCAUGGCGCUGUCCUACGACCAGAGGUGCAUCAUUUCUGGCAUGGCUUCGGGAAGCAUUGUCCUGUUCUACAACGACUUCAACCGGUGGCAUCAUGAAUACCAAACCCGCUACUGAGGGUGACGGCUGUGCCUUGGCCCUGCCCCGGGCUGAGCAGGGCAAGGACCCCAGCGGAAAUAGCCACUGCCCCUGAAUGUAACUUAAAAUUGCUUGACUGAGCAAAAUAUUUUUAAAAUUUCACUGCUAUUUUUGUAGACUUUGCUUGAUUUUGGGGGGAGGGGGACAGCAAAGCAAACUGGUUGCUGGGUUCUGUAGUUUAAAGAAAAAUCUAUAUUUUUAGUCAUAAUGAGAACUCUAUUUUCACCAGUUAUGGAAACCAUACGGUGGAGCAGAUAAGCCCACUAUUCUAGCUAUAUUCUGAAAACCACAUUUCCCACAUAUCUGUAAUCUUGAGAAACAUAGUGGGGAAAGGAGUUCUAAUACUGGGACGGGGACUUUUAUGCUGUACUUUCAGUUCUGUAUUUUUCCAAACAAUUGUGUUUCUUUACUGCUCAAAUUUCUGGGAUUUAAAUAGUAAUGUUUAAAUUAUAGCAAAUGUAAAUUAAAAUAUCUCAGUUAAUUAUUUCUAUAUUCUUCUUCAAGCAUGUCUUAGACCUAGAAAAUUAUGUUGUGGGGGAGGUUAUUUUAUUGCGUGGUAAAUGUAAAGGCUCUAAGUUACAGUAAGUGUGAACUAUUUACCAUUUUCCUGAUCUGUCGUCCUCAUAGCACAAGAUGAAAUGCUGGAAAUGCUCUUGGGCUUGAAGCUUUUGUUCUCUCUGAAAGCCCACGCAGGUCACCUGGCCCUGGGGUGGCAGAGUCCUCCCAGGCCCUGGGUUCGAGAGCAGAGGCCACCAGGUGCUGCCAGCAACACCCCUUUCCUUCCCCUGUGCUAAACCAUCUCCACCUUCCUUCUGAUUAGUGAUUUGUACUGAGAAGCAAUGCUAUUUUGGUGUUGUAUAAUUCUACUUUUCUAGUAGAUUGCUGUAUGGAGAUCUGUGAAAAAUAUUUGAGAAAAGGUCUGUAUUACAUAAAUAAACUCUUUGUAUGUUGUGAACUGUGAUGUUUCCAUACAUCUUGCCUGCGUGGCUUCCCCCACCCCUUUUUCCUACACAUUUAGAUAUUUUCUAAAAACCAACAUUACACUGAAUGAUUCAUUUUGGGAAA